CGUAUUAGCUUUCGUAUUGAACUCUCCGCCGAACGGGAGAAAACAUGGAGGUAGAUUUCGGGGACAGCGAGCUGUUUGAGCAGCUGGACGCGGAUCCUCCGCUUCCUAAACACAUUCGCUUUACGGACGAUGAAGAGGAGGAGGCGCCGGACGCGCUGCGGGAGCUCCGGGAGCGGCUGGAGGAGUGUGAGGAGACGGUGCAGCGCCUGAGAGCCGAGAAUGAGGAACUGAGGAGAAAGUUAAAGUUUUUGAGUCGACCCAAAGGCAUUAUUGUUGUAAAUUCAAAACUUGAUGGUCCACUCUGCCAAAUAAUCUUUGGGAACAGCAGCAUUUCAAAACAACACCGGCAAGAAAUUGAAGAUUACAUAUUUGGUCUCAUUCAGAAAGACCUGCAAGAACAGAACACGGACAAACAGGGAUCUGCUUCACAUGCUUUCCCACAGAACUCCAGUUUUGUCAUGGAGGAAAUCCAGAAAACGAAAGAUUCUUCAACUGGAAAACAUGUAAAAGAUGCUUUUACUAUGGUGGGGAGUGUGUUAUACUUCACCAGCUUUUGCAUUGAUAAGCUGGGUCAGCCGCUUCUUAACGAAAAUCCCCAGCUGACAGAAGGCUGGGAGAUUCCCAAGUAUCAGCAGGUUUUUGGCCAGAUAAUCGCUUUAGAGGGACAAGAAGUGCAGAUAAAGGAAAAAAGGCCUAAACCAAGCUGUUUUAACUGUGAUGGCAGUGACCAUCAGUUACGAGACUGUCCGAAGCCCAAAGACAUGGCACGCAUCAACGAGAAGAGAAAGCAGUUCUCUCAGUCCAGCAAUCAGAGUAACCAGCGCUACCAUGCAGAGGAGAUAGAGGAGAGGUUUGCCAAGUACAAGCCAGGAAUAGUGAGUCAGGAGCUCCUGGAUGCCCUGGGAGUUGUUACUAACACUCUUCCGCCGUUUAUUUACCGCAUGAGAGAACUGGGAUAUCCACCGGGCUGGUUAAAGGAGGCAGAGAUGGAGAACUCAGGCCUGACUCUCUAUGAUGGUACAACAUCAGGUGAUGGAGACGAAGACAUGAAUGGCCGUAACCAAAAUAUAUCCUAUGAUGUCUCUAAACUAGUGGAAUUCCCUGGUUUCAAUGUUUCUGCACCUUCCAACAUUAGGGAUGAUUACAAGUCCUUUCGUUCAAUUCCGAUGCAGCCUCAGCACUGGAAGACAACAUUUGCUUCUUACCUGUCUGACAUGUAUCCAUCGCCUGGGUCCAAAUGCAGCAAAAGGGCUCAUGAGCCUGAAUGCAGCCCACACCAGACAAAGAAACGGAGGUCUAAUUCAGAUUUCAACAGAAGCUCAGACAUGGAUACAGAUUCAGAUGAGUGUACUCCUAGACGAGCUCAAUCCGACGGGUUCCAGUUUCAGCCACCGCUUCCCCCUGGCUCCCCGCUCAUUAGUACACCACCCCCCUUACCACUGGGAACGCCCCCUGCCACUCCCACCCCGCCUCCACUUCCCAAAGGCACUCCUCCACCUACACCUCCCACAAACUCCUCUCCCUUUGUGCAAUCUAAAGGUGGGCCCGGUGGAGAGGAGGACGGGUUAACCCUAGAGGAGCUUGAGGAGCAGCAGAGGCUGCUGUGGGCGGCUCUGGAAAAUGCUGACACCAACACUAACAGCGACUCUGAGACUGCUCUGGGCUCCUCCACAGAGUCUCCAUCAGCCAGGCCUGACGCUGAGAUGGAGGAAGGAGAAGAAGACGGAGAAGUGAAGGAACAAAUAUCGGACCACGUUUGUGAACCACUGAGCACACCAGCCUCACCCGAUGAACAACAGAUAACCCCUGAAGUUCCAGAAGAGAAUACCAAAGGUGAUCAGGUAAGGGAUCCUCCUAAUGAAGACGCGAGCGACACUGGCUUGGAGUCUCAGGAUGAGCUCAUUGUUUUGGAUGAGGUUUCUCAGAGCGAUAACGACACUGAAAAGAAUGGAUUUACUAAGGUUACAGAAGAAACCCACACGCAGGUAGUGGAGAACCAAGAAACUGAGGACGAUAAAGAACCCACUGUCGCAAAAGUGAGCGCUGUACCUCACCGGAGUAAGUUUGCUGAGGGCAUUAUUCCUUUUGAAGAUACUCCGGAGUUCACAGAGGUCGCUGAAGCGACGGGGGUUUAUCUCAGGAUCAGAGAGCUGCUGAAAGAAUCCCCUCGCAGUCUGGCCAAAAAAAAGUAGUGCUAUUGAUUGUCUGUGUGGAUCAGUUGUGUCUGUAUAACUGUGGGAUCGGAACACUUCUUUUUAUUAUUUUUUUCCUGUUAAAGAUGCUCCAAAGGAGUCAUAUGGUCAUUCUGAAUUUUCAUACUUUCUACUCCCCAUCCUUUUUUGACACAGAAAUUAAUUUUAUACAAGCUAUAAGUAUCUUCAGCUUUUGUAGCCGCAGUUUGGACAUAACGAGUAGUGUUUUAUGUAUGUACAGUUUUAUAAAUGCCCUUCUUUUCUCGUGUUUUCUCUUAUAAUAAUAUUCAAACAGUAUGAUUGUUGCAGUUGUGCUGUCUUCAUGGCACACUCUCCCACCUCUUAUAGGAACCUGUUCUUUCUUACUAAUUGUUUCUGAAUGGCAUGCUUACAUUAUUACUUUUAACUCUAAAUUAUUUUUUAAGAUGAGAUUUUAUGCUUUCCGUCCUUCUUUUCUGGGUUUCAUUUUUAAUGUUUCUCAUCACGUGACCAGACAAUUUUGGUAAUAAAGAUUUUUUUUUUCCUCUUUUAGGGCUA